UUAAAAGCGCAAGACAGCUUGGGGUGGUUGCAGGUGUGGGUGUUUUGGUGUCAGGCUUGGGAGGGGUGGAGUGGCAGAUUUCAAAGGAAGAAAAAGCAAUCAACAAGAGCAGAAGUCCUUUGAACGCCUCACGGACCGCAUCUUGCUAGCUUCUCAGACUAAUUUUCUCAGAAAUGUAAAAUGUGUUCACGUCAUCCCCAAGUACAAACACAUUUCUGGAAUGCAUUCUUGGCAUUCACUUUCAAGUUAUAAACGAGUAACGACAAGGACACCUGUAGUUUGCAUACUAUGUGAUGAUUCAUUGCGCGAGAGGAGGAUUUACUCCCCCAGACAUGUUGCAGCUUGUUCAGUGGUGGUUUGGAAAGCAUGGCAGUGCACGUGACUGGACUUGUGGCUGUGGUUGUCUUUUAUUUGGUUAUCCUGCUAACUGGGAUCUUUGCCUCGCGCAAAUCGAAGCAAUUAGAGAAGAAAUGUACUGGAAAAAAGAGCGAAGUCGCCAUCAUCGGAGGCCGCAAUAUCAAUGUAGUGAUUGGUGUGUUUACCAUGACGGCAACAUGGGUUGGUGGAGCUUAUAUUAUGGGGACUGCUGAAGCUGUUUACUCUCCAGAUCAAGGUCUCCUUUGGGGUUUUGGGCCUCUUGCAUUUUUUUUAAAUUUUUUUAUUGCAGGAUUGUUUUUUGCCAAACCAAUGAGGUCCAAAUGCUACGUCACCAUGUUGGACCCAUUUCAGCAUCGCUACGGGCAAUUGUUCACGACAGCAAUUUUACUUCCUGCUCUGGUCAGUGAUAUUUUGUGGGUGGCCUGCAUCCUUGCUGCUCUAGGGGGGAUGAUGAGCAUCGUCCUUGAAAUAUCAUCUACAAUCUCCAUCCCGAUCUCUGCGGGUGUCUCUAUCAUCUACACUUUAUUAGGAGGCCUCUACGCAGUUGCAUACACUGAUAUCAUCCAACUCUCCUUCAUAUUUGUUUGUCUGUGGCUUUGUAUUCCAUUUAUGUUUCUCAGUCCUGCGGUGACUGACCUCUCACAAACAGCCUAUUUCAACCAGUCAAGCAUCCACUCAUGGGUAGGAGAGGUGAAGCUUGAGGAUGCAGGAAAGUGGAUGGAUAACUUUUUCGUGAUGGCUAUCGGGGGACUGGCGUAUCAGGCUCUAUUCCAGAGGAUUCUUGCAGCGUCCUCCUCGACUCAGGCUCAGGUCACCUGUUUUGCUGCUGGUGGAUUUGUUUUUAUUAUGGGAAUCCCUUCAAUCAUCAUUGGCGCUGUGGCUGCUUCUGCAGACUGGAACCAGACAGAAUAUGGUCUACCGCCACCUCAUGAGCGUGGGGAGGCAGGAAAUAUCCUCCCACUGGUUUUGUCCUACAUCACACCCAACUGGAUGUCAGUGUUGGGAAUUGGUGCUAUAGCAGCAGCAGUUAUGUCCUCCAUGGACUCUGCAUUGUUGUCUUCAGGCUCCAUGUUCACCCAAAACCUAUACAAGGCGACUUUGAGAAAGCAGGCAUCAGAAAGGGAGCUGCAGUGGGUGAUCAGGAUUACUGUGCUACUGGUGGGCCUGGCUGGAACUGGUCUGGCCUUUAACAGGAGCAGCAUCAUUGCGCUCUGGGUGCUCGCGACCGACUUACUUUAUUGCAUUAUCGCCCCGCAGCUGGUUUGUGUGGUACACCUCCGCUCUGCCAAUUGCUACGGCGCCAUCAGUGGCUACGUGAUAGGUCUGCUGCUGCGCGGGCUGAGCGGCGAGCCAGCGCUCGGCAUCACUCCUGUGCUGCUCUACCCGGGCUGGAGGGAGGAGGAUGGUGUCAUCACACAGUACUUUCCCUUCAGGACUCUGAUUGUGCUCAUUUCUCUGGCAACUAUCAUUGCCAUGUCCUGGCUGUUCCAGCUGGGUUUCACUCACCAUCUCAUUCCUCAGUCCUGGGAUGUGUUGGAUGCAUUCAAAAAGAAAAUGGAAGCAGAAGAAGAGGAGGAGAGACCAAUUUCCAAUAAAGAAAACAACUUUGUCUUUAGUACAGCUUUAUAGGCUCAUAGUAUCUGCAAAACCUGAUUUUAGGCAUAAUUAUGGGCACAUUCUUUCAUAUGUUCUAUAGAGUAGUUGCAUUAGUAGUAUGUUAUAUUGCAGUGAAAGGAAUAAGCGUGUAACUGCCUUGCACGGGCCCGCCUUCAGUGCCCUGUUCUGGUCGUUGGGGGAUGGUCGGUGUGGUGUGGUGGUGGUGUGGAGGGCUCUGAGCCGGUACCCCUGCCCCUCCCUUUGGGACUUGUCGGGGCUCUUCGAUUAGGCUAGGGGACCGUCCUGGGGAGUGGGUGGUGUCACCCUGGCUGGAUCCCCCUUGGGCUGGGAUCACCGGCUCCCCUGCCCCAACCCCCCCCCCCUUUGUGGGUGGAGGGGGCUGGGCCCACUCUUUCAAUGUGCCAGCUCAGUGUUGGAUUUAUCUUACCCAACAUUAUAAAAAAUAGACACAAAAGGAAUGAAGACACUGGUUUCUUUUUCUCAUGAGGAGGGCGUAUGGGAGAUUGUUCAGAUCACAGCCUCUCAACACGCUCUAACCAAUCUCUCCCGUCGCUCCUGCAUUUAUUUGAAAAUAGGAGGGUUUUUCCCAGACAUAAUGUUCUAAACAAUAAGACACAACACAAAACAUUGGACCAACACCUGUCACGUCCCCGACCACAUCCGAUCACGUCCUUGGUCCAGGCGCCCUUCCAUCGGAUGAUGCUGAGUCAUCUUUUUGAAGGCGAGACAUCUAAAAUCGUCCAUAAUACUAAUGCAAGCUAAGCAAAUAAAUGAUAACUUCUAGAAUAUAUUUAACACUCAGCAACUCCAUACACCAGUUGACUAACAUGCAUGUGAUAUGGUGUUCAUUCAUCAAUAAGUUCCAUAGACGCGCUAUAGGGUUGAAUUGUUUGUGCUGGGACCACUAAUAAUAACACAGGUUAUGCUAACAUAUCAACUCACAGGUUGUUUAGACACUAUAAAAAGCAUCCCACCGCACCACUCAUCAGUAGCACUGCCUCGCUCAUUUCCCACAUCCUGUCCUCUCUCAUCUUGUUCCAUUUGUUAGUUGUUGCAUGUCCUCACUGGGUGUCCCCUCCACAUUCACAAAUAAGAUGAUUUGACUGUUGUAACUGUAGUGACUCUGGCCCAAAUGUCAUAUCAACCCCCCACUACUGAUAGACUCUGCAUUCUUCGCUGCCACCCUGCUGUGCAAGACAGCCAGUAAAGGACACCUGGCGUAUCUUAAACUAAUCAACAGUUCCCCUCGAAAUCUGGCUUCCAGACAUCAAAGACGCCUUUCCUUCUUUUGAAGUGACAGAGCGACCAAAAGGUUGGACUCUCUCUCAUCCACUGGGAACAUUGUGCGGAGACCUGCACUGGCAUUUCAGAAUUACUGCAAUGUGUGGACUCUCAUUGGGGGUUUCUUUAACUGAAGAUAAAUGUCUGUUUUAAUAUUUUACAAACUCUGCAGAAAUAUUCCAAAUGUAUGCCUUGAUGCCUGUGUCAUUGCGUCAGCUUUACAGGUCCAGCUGCAAGACUUGAGAACUGUUCGUCUUGAUUUGAGCCGUGAUCUGUUGGCGGACCCUCAGCAACCAACUACCGGCAUUCCUUACCGGUCACGCACGCAGUUGAGAGCAAGAACGACCCCGGCACAAGUUCAAUCGUCAGGAAAGUUACGACUGCACACCGACAGGACACCAACUUUCUUUUGGGACCUCUUUUUGUUUUAUUUUUGUGCAUCUUCUUCUUCAACCAAACCUGCUUUGUUUUCCUCUUGAGACGCACGGAGAAAGACCAUUCCCAGGGACACCUGAUCUACGGUCGUGAGUAGCACUACAACCGGUGCCAAAAUGUGAAAAGAUUAGUGGGGAAAAUACUAGCUUCAAACAAGUCCCAACUUGCUACUAGUGCAACAAGCUGCAGCCUAUUCACGCUCAUUUUAGCCCAGCGACACACAAAGUCCUAUUUCCCUUUACGUACGCCUAUUUUUAUUUCUUUCACCAUUAUUCAUGUUUCCUUUUUGUAGUUGUACUUCUCUGUGUGUUUUCCUAGAGAUCCCUCGUAGAUUUAAUUAAAUAGUCAAUAAAAUUUCAUCCAUCCAUCCAUCCAUUUUCUUUACCGCUUAUCCUCACUAGGGUCGCGGGCUGCUGGAGCAUAUCCCAGCUAUCUUCGGGCGAGAGGCGGGGUACACCCUGAACUGGUCGCCAGCAGAAUGGAAGAUCUGUAUCCCUUUUAUGCCGGAACAGUUUUACUGUGUCACAGUGGAGUUUUUAAGCUUCCGCUGUCGUUUCUUAGUGUUAUAAUUGAAGUCUAUUGAGAAUCAGAGUCGAACAGAACAAAGUUUCUAGAGGGGAGAGAGAAACAAAGACAAAAGACAAAGCACUAAUUGUAAACAGGAUGAGAAAAGUAAGUCAUUACAUUAUCUACAACAAUGAAACAUUAAAUAUGAGUGUUGUAUGGGGCUGUAGUGCUACACCUGUGAUGGAAGGAUAGGACAAGCUAGAACAGGACAAGGACAGGAGAAGAAGCAUGCAGGAGAAGGGUCGUGAACCUGGCUGUACAACUGAAGCGAGGCGCCCUGACAACUGGCCACCCGGUGGGGGCCACGGGGACCCAAUGCCAGCCCCUCAGCCAACCCCCCCCCCCCCCCCUCAUACCACCCCCCUCCACCCCCAGGAGAGCCAGACGCUCCCCCCGAACCUACAGGGCCUGGGAUGCAGCCAGUCCCCGCCUAGACCGAGGGCGGCAGGGUGUCCCUUGUUGAUGGAAAGGAGGGCGGAUAGGGGCACCCGACAAGGGAACCAUAAGGGGGGGGGAAGGAACCCAGGGAGCAGCCACGGGUCAUGAGAGGGGAGACCCAAAGCCAAGUAGUCAUCCAGCCCAGGGGGCCCGCCAUGCAGCUAAGUGAGAACCCACAUCCCCCCCGUUACUAUGACUGCCAGGUCCCUGAUUUCACUCCUUGUUGUGUUAUGUGUGUGUUUUGAGGUACAAGAAACCUCUGUGAUCGAGGGCUCGUAUUUCAUAAAUGUAGCAACCUUCAGAUUAUGAGACUGAUAAGAGGUUUUUCGUCACUUUUUCCUCAAUUUUACACAUACAAAAAAAGAGACCCUUUUACGAGACAGAUAGUUUGAUUGUGACGUUAAAACGUAAAUCGAACUAACCCGGAAGUGAACGCAGGCAUUCGACAAAUUAAUUACGUUUUAUCCAAAACCAAUAACGUUACCGUUACUUGUGGUCAAAUAUCUAGACUAAUUAUUGUUCUGCUGUGGUUCACACCUCUAUUUCCCCUGUCCGUUCUGUCCCUCUUGUCUGUCCCCUAAAACCUUUUUCUGUCCAGCUGCAUUUUCAAUAAACAUCAGGAUAAUUAAGAAAAUAAAAAAUGAGCAGAGGGGGUAUUUCAAAGUCCCCUGUUACACAGCAAAACUGUUCCAGCACAAAAGGCAUACAGAUCCACCAUUCUGCAUGGUCAUGGAGUUGAACAGGACAGGAUUAAAAAAAAAAAAAAAAAGGGUGUAACGAUUCAUUUUAACAACAAUUCGAUUUGUACCACGAUUCGUGGUUGCAGAUUCGAUUCAAGCACGAUAUUGGUUCAUUCAGUGCCUUGAAAUCGAUUGAAUAACUUUUUAGCCAAAAAUUCACCCAGUGUGACUGAAAUAAAUACCUGGAUACUGGACAGUAAGCGUAUCAGGUCAAAUUAAUUCUGGAUUUAAUAAAUAAACAGUAAAGAACCAUUAAUGGCAAAUGCAUUCACACGUUAUUUCAAUAAAGUGCAACUAACAUCUCUUUAGGUUGGAUUAACAGUUGGUUUACCUGCUACUUUUGUUUUUUUCAGCAUACUAAAUAAUACAAAUGUUAAAGGUCCCCUUUCAUCAAUUUAUUUUAUUUGAAUUUAUAAUCUUUGAUGUCCUAUCGGGUUUGCAAGAUAAUUUGGGAAAUGCACAAAAUGUCCCUUUUCAAGCCAUUCUAGUAGCGUUUUCCAUGUGACAUUUGAGAUGGCUGGAUUUUACAAUAAUAUGUGACACUUAAAUGAGCUUUGCUGUGAUUGGAUCGCUCAUCUUCCCCAAUUUAAAUAUGGAAAACAGCUCAGCAGUUGGCUUGGCGUCUGCUAACGUCACAAUAGAAGCUUGGGGCGGCCGAGCAUUCAUAGCAGCGUCACUUUUUUCAAUGCUACAUUCUGACUUGCGUCCCUCACAAGAGUUUGAAUGUGGGAUUAUUUAUACACACUGAACACGCAUUCGCUUCAGUUGCGCUUUUGAGCAAAGUUGUUCUGUGUAGUUCCCCUUCCUGGUUAGAAGUUGCUCUUAUAAGACAUCUGUUAAUCAGUUGAGGGAUUGCUGGGGGAUUUGGGGUCCAAGGCAAAAAAGUCAAUAAAAUCAUUCUCUUUAACAAAAACUGUUUUUGAGUGACUACUGUAGCUGCUGCUAAUCUGGACUGGGUUGCUAAAUUGUUCUGUUUUCUUUGAUAUCUACACCCCAGGUUAGCCCAUCAGCGGGAGCCCAGUAACAAGUUUGAAUUACCUACAUCAUCAGACACUCUUGUGUAAAUGUAUUUUCAGGAGGUUUUCAAAAAUAAUGCUCUCGUGAAACUGUAACCUUCCCCAUUUAAAAAGAAAAAUCAUAACAUUUAAACUGAAGUUCAGAGGUUUGAUAUUAAUAAUGAGGGGGGAAACCCCUGUGAGAAAUUCAUAGUAAAGUACAUAAAAUGUUUAUGAAAUUAAAAUCCAUAGAGAAUUUCAGACUAUUUCAGCCAAGGGCCACAUACAGAAAAAUCAAAGGGGUCAAGGGCGAAUUUGACAUCUUUAAUAUCUUUACACUAAACCAAUUCAUCAGUGUAGCAAAAGUUAUGCAAUGCUAUCUUUGUUUUCAUAUAUACUGUAUAUUUUAAUUAACUUAAAAUUAUUGCAACAAAAAAAACCAGCUAGGUAAUAAAGCAAAAAGUCAGAUUUUUCAGGAUUAGCCGGGUUUAUAUGGCUCUUGUAUUCGGAUUAGAAUUGGGUUUGAAGCCCGAACCGCGUAAAAUGCUCUCUAUACACACCUCAGUCAGAAUAAACAAGCUCAUUCGGUUUCACGGGGGUAGAAUAUUCCUUUCCCUGAACAGAUCAAAAGGUAUGAAAAUGGUUCAAUCGGAAGAGUCAGCCUGUGUUCUGUCUGUGCAUGCUGUUGUGACGUAAAUACGGAGUGACUUUGUUUACGCACCUGAAAAUAUGGCGGCUUGAAAACAGGGCUGCUUUGCAAUGGAUAUCUUGUUUUUAACUACUUGUUAAUAAAAGUGGAGAAAAGUCACAACUACUGUGCUGAAGAGAUGACUUAUCUCCAUCUUUUUUCAGAAUUGUUUUCUUUUUCUGUUUACAAUGCAACGUCCCAACCCACAUGGACACACACAGCAACAGGAACAUAUACCCAGUAUAUGUGCAAUUUGGACCUAUAUUCCAGCUCCUGGCACUUACUAUGAAAUAAAGAAACAAAUGAACAUGCA